AUGUUUUGCCUUCGAUUCCCAGAACCUCCUUCGGAAUUUUUACAAGCCGCUAUCAACAGCCAUCUUGCUGAGUUAAAUCUCCAGCUCGCUUCAUGGGAUGCCUGUCGGGUGACUGUUCGUCUUCGCUCCGUUCGGGAUGGCCUGACUCGUGUUCUUGAACCCUAUGUCACUUGGUCUGACGAUGCUUGGACUUUUACAGUGGACCGCAAAGCUGGGGCGCACGCCCUUCGAUUAGCUGCCAGAUAUCAAUGUUUGCUUUCUGUUCGGCGCUCUCGUUUUGACGCCGAAGGUAUCACUGAUGUCGACAUUGAUGCCAGUUCUCAUCAGACUUGGCGUGAUUGGAAAGCUACUCUUGAUCCUAAGGAAAAGCUACUACUCUCUGUGUUUCGGGGUGGUGCUGCCACUUCCCCGACACGACGUGCUAAUAUGCCUUUUAACAACACAAGUUGUCCUUUUUGCAAAGCUGAAGAUGCUUCCAUGAGGCAUUUUUGGGCCUUGUGCCCUCAGUUUCGUUCAUUUCGACAAGAAAUUGAAGCUUCCUUCAAUGUUGCCCAUGGUUGGUGGGUCCGUCAGCCUCGUGUUACUGCCAAAAGUGGUUGGAUCACCUUUGAUGCGGACCCUUCGCCCGCUGUUCGUGCUAUGCUUCAGGUGGCGGCCUGCAAACUAGGUUUGCGCAUUAUGUCGCACCUUCAAUGUCACGACCGUUUUGACUGA